AUGGAAGAGGGAGACCACACCUUUAGCUGGUUGGUGGAAGAGGGAGCCCACACCUUUAGCUGGAUGGUUGAAGAGGGAGCCCACACCUUUAGCUGGUUGGUUGAAGAGGGAGACCACACCUUUAGCUGGUUGGUUGAUGAGGGAGCCCACACCUUUAGCUGGUUGGUGGAAGAGGGAGACCACACCUUUAGCUGGUUGGUGGAAGAGGGAGCCCACACCUUUAGCUGGUUGGUGGAAGAGGGAGACCACACCUUUAGCUGGUUGGUGGAAGAGGGAGACCACACCUUUAGCUGGUUGGUGUAAGAGGGAGACCACACCUUUAGCUGGUUGGUGGAAGAGGGAGACCACACCUUUAGCUGGUUGGUUGAUGAGGGAGACCACACCUUUAGCUGGUUGGUUGAUGAGGGAGACCACACCUUUAGCUGGUUGGUUGAUGAGGGAGACCACACCUUUAGCUGGUUGGUGGAAGAGGGAGCCCACACCUUUAGCUGGUUGGUGGAAGAGGGAGACCACACCUUUAGCUGGUUGGUUGAAGAGGGAGCCCACACCUUUAUCUGGUUGGUUGAAGAGGGAGCCCACACCUUUAGCUGGUUGGUUGAAGAGGGAGCCCACACCUUUAUCUGGUUGGUUGAAGAGGGAGCCCACACCUUUAGCUGGUUGGUGGAAGAGGGAGACCACACCUUUAGCUGGUUGGUUGAAGAGGGCACCCACAAAACACCAGGAAGCAAAAUAUCCAUUGGGUGCAUGGAAGGAGACUGAGAAGACCGCCCAGAUCAGAGUGUGCUGGUGGGAAGUCACCUAUCUUAUGCUCCCUGGGGUAAGUUCUGCCAGUCACAUUCUGUUAAAGGUCCCCAAAGCACACACGUCCCUGGGUCGCUCCUCUUUUCAGUUCGCUGCAGCUAGCGACUGGAACGAGCUGCAAAAAACUGGACAGUUUUAUCUCCAUCUCUUCAUUCAAAGACUCAAUCAUGGACAUUCUUUACUGCCAGUUGUGGGCUGCUUCGCCGUGAUGUAUUGUUGUUCUCUACCUUCUUGCCCUUUGUGCUGUUGUCUGUUGCCCAAUAAUGUUUGUACCAUGUUUUGUGCUGCUACCAUGUUGUGCUGCUGCCAUGUUGUGUUGCUACCAUGUUGUUGUCAUGUGGUGUUGCUACCAUGUUGUUUUCAUGUUGGGUUGCUACCUGCUGUGUUGUCAUGGGUUGCUGCCAUGCUGUGUUGUUGUCUCGGUCUCUCUUUAUGUAGUUGUCCUUGUGGUUGUGGUGUCUCUCUUUAUGUCGUGUUGUGGGGUCUCUUUUAUGUAUGUUUGGUUUUCUCUUUUGUAGUUUUUGUGGUUUUCUCUCUUUAUGUAGUGUUUGGUGUUUUCUUUUUGGUGUUGUUGGUCUCUCUUUUUUGUAUGUUGUGGUGUCUCCUUUAUGUAGGUUUUUGGUGUUCUCUUUUUGUUUUGUGGCCUCUUUUGGUGUUGUGGUGUCUCUCUUUAUGUAGUGUUUGGGGGUCUCUUUUAUGUGUUUUUGUGGGCUCUCUUAUGUGUGUUUGGGUCUCUCUUUAUGUAGUGUUGGGUUUUUCCCUUUAUUAUGUUGGGGGUCUCUCUUUAUGUAUGUUGUGGCGUCUUCUUUAGUAUGUUGUGGUUCUCCUUAUGUAUGUUUUGGUUCUCUUUAGUAGUUUUGGGCCUUUUUUUGUAGUGUUGUGGUGUCUCUCUUUAUUGUGUUUGGGUCUCUCUUUAUUAGUGUUGUGUUUCCUCGUUUUGUAGUGUUGUGGCUCCCUUUAUUAUGUUGUGGUUCCUCUUUUGUAGUGUUUGGUGUCUUUAUUUAUGUAGUGUUUUUGGGUCUCUCUCUCUUUUUAGUGGGUGGUCUCUCUUUAUUUUAGUGUUGGGGGUUUUUUCUUUAUUUUUUUGUGGUUUCUCUCUUUAUAUUGGUUUUGGGGCUCUUUUAUUAGUGUUUUGUGUCUCUAUUUAUGUAUUUGUGGGUUCUCUUUAUUAGGGUUUUGGGUCUCUUUUAGUAGUGUUGGGUGUCCCUUUAUGGUUUUUGUGGCGUCUCUCUUUAUGUAGUGUUUUGGGGGGUCUCUCUUUAUGUAGUGUUUUGGGGUCUCUCUUUUGUAUGUUGUGGUCCUUUUUUAUUGUGGGUUUUGGGGUCCUUCUUUUUGUAGUUGUUUUCUCUCUUUAUGUGUGUUUUUGGUGUCUCUCUUGUAGUGUUGGUUGUUUUCCCUUUUUGAGUGUUGUGGGGUCUCCUUUAUGUAGUUUUGUGGUGUCUCUUUUUUAGUGUUUUGGGGUUCUCUUUAUUAGUUUUGUUUUCUCUUUUUGUAGUGUUUGGUGUCUCUCUUUAUGUAGGUUGUGGGCUCUUUUAUGUAGUGUUGUGGUGUCUUCUUUAUGUAGUGUUGUGGUUCUCUUUUUGUAGUGUUUUUGGGGGUCUCUCUUUAUGUAGUUUUGGCGUCCUUUUAUGUUGUUGUGGUGUCCUCUUUAUGUAUGUUGUUGUGUUCUCUUUAGUAGUUUGGUUCUCCUUUUUUGUGUUUGUGGUGUCUCUCUUUAUGUAGUGUUUUGGGGGUCUCUCUUUAUGUAUGGUGGUUGCUCUUUUAUGUAGUGUUUUUGGUUUUCUCUUUUAGUAGUGUUGUGGUUUCCUCUCUUUUUGUAUUUUUUGGUGUCUCUUUAUGGGUUGUGGUGUUCUCUUUUAUUUGUGUGGUGGUGUCUUCCCUUUUUGAGUGUCGUGGGGUCUCUUUUAUGUAGUGUUGGGGUUCCCUUUAUGUGUGUUGUGGUGUCUCUAUUUAGUGUGUUGGGUCUCUCCUUUAUGUAGUGCUGUGGGGUCUCUCUUUUUUAGUGUUGUGGUGUUCCUUUUUUGUAGUGUUGUUGUUCUCUUUAAUGUGUUGUGGGGCUCUCUUUUUGGUGUUUUGGGGGUCUCUAUUUAUGUAGUGGGUUUUGGGGGUCUCUCUUUUUGUUGUUGUGGGCUCUUUUUGUAGGUUUUGGUUUUCUCUCUUAUUAUGUUUUGGCGCUUCUUUUGUAUGUUUUGGCUCUCUCUUUUUUUUUGUGGUGUUCCCCUUUUGUAUGUUUGGUCUCUCUUUUUGUGUGUUGUGGGGUUCCCUUUAGUAGUGUUUUGUUGUCUCUCUUAUGUGUUUGUGGUGUUUUUUUUUUUUUCUCUUUAGUGUGUUUUUGGGUUCCCCCCUUUUAUUAGUGUUUGUGGGUCUCCUUUAUGUAGUUUUGUGGUGUCUCUUUUAUGUUUUGUGGGCUCUUUUAUGUGUGUUGUGGGGCUUCUUUUUAGUGUUGUGGUGCUUCCCUUUAUGUUGUUUUUGGGGGUCUUUUUAUGUAGUGUUUGGGUCUCUCUUUAUGUAGUGUUUUUUGGGUUCCUUUUUGUAGUGGUUUUGGGUCCUUUUUUAUGUAUGUUGUGGUGUCCUCUUUAUUUGUUUUGUGGGGUUUUUCUUUUGUAUGUGUGGUGUUCUCUUUAUUAGGGUUUUGGUGUCUUCUUUAUUGUUGUUUUUUUGUGGUUCUCUUUUAUUAGUGUUGUGGGGUCCUCUUUAUGUAGUGUUUGUGGUUCCUUUAUGUAUGUUGUGGUGCCCCUCUUUAGUAGUGUUUGGGUCUUCUUAUUUUGUUGUUUUGCUCUCUUUAUUAGUGUUGUGGGUCUCUCUUUUUAGUGUUUUUGGUGUCUCUCUUUUUGUGUGUUUGGUUCUCUUUUAUGUAGUGUUUUUGGGUCUCUCUUUAUGGUUUUUUGGUGUUCUAUUUUUUAGUGUUGUGCUCUCUUUUGUAGUGUUGUGGGUCUCUCUUUAUGUAUUUUGGUGCUCUUUAUUUGUGUUGUGGGUCUCUUUUAGUAGUGUUGUGGUUCUUUUUAUGUAGUGUUGUGGUGUUCCUUUAUGUAGGGGUUUUGGGUUUUUCUCUUUAUGUGGUUUUUGGUGUUCCUCUUUUAUGUAGUUUUGGGUCUCUCUUUUUUGGUUUUUGUGGUCUCUCUUUUUGUAUGUUGUGGUGUCCUCUUUAUGUGGUUUUGGGGUCUCUCUUUUUGAGUGUUUGGUGUCUCCUCUUUAAAGUAGGUUGUGGGUCUCUUUUAUGUGUGUUUUGGGGGUGUCCUCUUUAUGUAGUUUUUGGGGGGCCUUUUUUGUUUAGUUUGUGGGUCCCCUCUUUUAUGUAGUUUUGUGGGGUUUCCCCUUUUAUGAGUGUUGGGGUUUUUCUCUCCCCUUUUUGUAUGUGUGGUUCCCCUCUUUAUUAAGUGUUUUGGUGUCUCUUUUAUGUAUUUUUGGGGUGUCUCCCUUUAUAUAGUUUUUGUGGGGUCUCUCUUUAAAGGUUUUUUGGGGCCUAUUUAUGUAUGUUGUGGGGUCCUUUUUUAGUAUUUUGGUUUCUUUUAUGUAGUUUGUGGGUCUUCUUUAUGUAUUGUGGUCUUCUUUAUGUAGUGUUGUGGGCCCCUCUUUUUGUAUGUUUGGUGGGGUUUUCUUUAGUUUUUUUGGGCUCCUUUAUGUAGUGUUGGUGUUUUUUCUCUUUAUGUAGUGUUUUUGUUUUCUCUCUUUUUGUGGUUUUGGGGGGUUUUUCUUUAUGUAGUGUUGUGGUGUCUCUCUUUUUUAGUGGUGGGUCCUCUUUAGUGUGUUGUGGGUCUCUUUUAUGUAGUGUUGUGGUGUCUCCUUUAUGUAGGUUUUUGUUUCUUUUUGUGUUUGUGGUGUCUCUCUUUAUGUAGGUUUGGGUCUUCCCUUUUUGUUUUGUGGUGUCUCUCUUUUUGUGUGUUGUGGGGGGCUCCUUUUUUGUGUGUUGGGGGCUCUCUUUUUGUAUGUUUUGGGGUCCUCUUUUGUAGUGUUGUGGGUUCUCCCUUUUUUUAUGUGUUUGUGGGUUUCUUAGUAGUUUGUGGUGUCUUUUCUUUUUAGUGUUGUGGGUUUUUUUUUAUAGUGUUGUGGGUCCCCUCUUUUUUGUAUGUUUUGGUUCUUUUUAUUAUGUUUUGGUGUUCUCUUUAUGUGUGUUUUUGGGUCCUUUUUUAGUAUGUUUGGGUCUCUUUUAUGUAGUGUUGUGGGUUCUUUUUUAGUGUUUGGGGCUUUUUAUGUAUGUUGUGGUGUUCUUUUUUAGUGUUUGGUGUUUUUUAUGGUUUUGGGGUCUCUUUUAUGUAUGUUUUGGGCCUCUUUUUGUGGGGUUUUUGGGGUUCUCUUUAGUAGUGUUUGGUGUCUCUCUUUAUGUAGUGUUGGGUGUCUCUCUUUUAAAGGGUUUGGGGUUCCUCUUUUUUUUUUUGGUCUCCCUUUUUGGGUUUUUUUGUUUUCCUUUUUUGUAGUGUUUUGGUGUCUCUCUUUUAUGUAUGUUUUUGGUUUCCCCUUUAUUAGUGUUUGGUGUCUCCUUUAUUUGUGUUGUGUUUCUCUUUUGUAGUGUUGUGUUUUCUCUAUUUAUGUAGUUUUGUGGGUCUCUCUUUUUGUAGUGUUGUGGUUUUCUCUCUUUAGUGUUUGUGGUGUCUUCUUUAGUAGUGUUUUGGGUGUCUCUUUUAUGUGUUUUUUGGUUUUUCCUUUUUUGGGUUUUUUUGUCUCCUCUCUUUUUGUAUGUUUUGGGUCUUCUUUAUGUAGUGGUGGUGUCUCUCUUUAUGUUGUUUGUGGGGCCCUUUUUUUAUGUGUGUUUGGCUCUCUUUAAUUUUGUGUCCCCCCCCUCUUUUAUUUAGGUUUGUUGUCUCUUUUAGUAGGUUUUUGGGUCUCCUUUAAUUAGUGUUGGGGUUCCCCUCUUUAGUAGUGUUGUGGGGUCUCUCUUUAUGAGGUGGGGGGUUCUCCUUUUGUAGUGUUUUGGUGUCUCAUUUUUGAGUUUUGUGGGCUCUCUCUUUAUGAGGGUGGUGCUCCUUUUGUGUGUUGUGGGUCCUCUUUAUGAGUGUUGUGGUUUCUCUUUUGUAUGUUUUGGGGCUCUCUUUUUGUGUGUGUGGUGUCCUCUUUAUGUGGGGUUUUGUGGCGUUCUCUUUUUUUUUGUGGGGUUUUGGGCUCCUUUUAGGGUGUUGUGGGGUUUCUUUUGUGUUUGUGGGUCUCUCUUUAGUAGGGUUUGGGGUUCCUAUUUAUUGUGUUUGGGGCUCUCUUUAUUGUGGGUUUUGGUGUCUCUUUUAUGUAGUGUUUGUGGUUCUCUCUUUUAGGUUGUGGUUCUCUCUUUAUUAGUGUUUGGGGGGUCUCUCUUUAUGUGGUUGUGGGGUCCCUUUAUGUAGUGUUGUGUUGUUCCCCUUUUGUGUGUUGGGGUGUUCUCUUUAGUUUUUGGUGUCUCUCUUAUUUUGUUGUGGUGUCUCUCUUUUUGUAGUUUGUGGGUUCUCUUUAUGUAGUGUUGUGGUGUCUCUAUUUUUGUGUUUGUGGUGUCUCUCUUUUUGUAUGUUGUGUGUCUCUCUUUAUGAGUGUUGUGGGUUCUCUCGUUAUGUAGUGUUGUGGGCUCUCUUUUAUGUAGUGGUUGCUGGUGUCGUUCUCUUUAUGUAGUGUUGGGGUGUCCUCUCUUUUAUGUAGUGUUUGGUGUCCUCUCUUUAUGUAGGUUGUGGUGUCGUUUAGUAGGUUGUGGUCUCUCUUUAUGUGUGUUGUGGUGUCCCUCUUUAUGUAGUUGUUGUGGUGUCUCUCUUGUCGUGAUGUGUGUUUUGUCCAACAUUUUUUAUUUGUAUUUUUUUUAUCCCAGCCCCCGUCCCCGCAGGAGGCCUUUUGCCUUUUAAUAGAAAUGAGUUCUUAACUGACUUCCCUAGUUAAAUGAAAAGAAAUAAAAAAUAAAGUAAAAAGGUAAGUGCUGGUAGAUGUUUAAAGUGAUGAUCUAGACUCUCUAGCGAUCUCCCGUGACAACGCAUUGACACAAGGUAAGGGGAAAAGUUAGUCACCAAGAGAGAGAUCUUGCAAUGUCUGUGACUCUCAAGCAUUAGGUUUGAGUCAAGUUAAAACCACGAUGUGGGUUUCUCUCAUUAGCUGGAGUGGUUCUAGUGUGUGUGUGUGUGUGUGUGUGUGUGUGUGUGUGUGUGUGUGUCUGUGUGUGUGUGUGUGUGUGUGUGUCUGUGUGUGUGUGUGUGUGUGUGUAUGUGUGUGUGUGUGUGUGUCUCUGUGUGUGUGUGUGUGUGUGUGUGUGUCUCUGUGUGUGUGUGUGUGUGUGUGUGUGUGUGUGUGUGUGUGUGUGUGUGUUUGUGUUUGUGUGUGUGUGUGUGUGUGUGUGUUUGUGUUUGUGUGUGUGUGUGUGUGUGUUUGUGUGCUGUGUGUGUGUGUGUUGUGUAUGUGUCGUGUGUGUGUGUGUGGGUGUGUGUUGUGUGUGUGUGUGUGUAUCUGUGUGUGGGUGUGUGUGUGUCUGGUCUCUGUGUGUGUGUGUGUGUGUGUGUGUUGUGUGUGUGUGUUUCUGUGUGUGUGUGUGUGUUUGUGUUUGUGCUGUGUGUGGUGUGUGUGUGUGUGUGUGUGUCUGUGUGUGUGUGUGUGUGUGGGGUUUUGUGUGGUGGUGUGUGUGUGGGUGUGUGGUGUGUGUGUGUGUGGUGUGUCUCUGUGUGUGUGUGUUGUGUGUCUGUGUGUGUCUGUGUGUGUGUGUGUUUGUGUGUGGUGUGUGUGUGUCUGUGUGUGUGUGUGUGUGUGUGUUGUGUGUCUGUGUGUGUGUGUGGUGUGUGUGGUCUGUGUGUGUCUGUGUGUGUGUGUGUGUGUGGUGUCUGUGUGUCUGUGGUGUGUGUAUGUGUGUGUCUGUGUGUGUGGUGUGUGUGGUGUGUGUGUGUGUGUGUGGUGUGUGUGUGUUGUCUGUGUGUGUGUCUGUGUGUGACUACAGUGUUUAUUUAAUCAGUUUCACAGCUAGAGAAUAAGACAGCGUUAAAUCUACGCUUCACUCAUUACUCAUUCUGGUCUCUGAGUCACAGCCUACCUCCCAAAUGGCAUCCUAUACCUUAUAUAGUGCACUAUGUCUGACCAGGGCCCAUAGGAUGCUGUUUGGGACACAGCCACAGAGUCUUACUCAUAGCGGGAACCAAAUCGAGGUCCCCUGUUGUUGGAGGAUGGUCACUUUUUUUUCUGUUUUUCUCAGCGGUAUGCAGUAU